AAAAUAUAUCAAAAACUUUACUUUCAUUUCAGACCCCUUUUAUCCACUUUCUCAAUCUUUGUCUUUUGCAGCUUAGGUGUAUAACAAUUAAGCUUCCCGUCUCCUUUUCCAAAACUUUUCGCAUCAUUAGUAAAAAUGGGCUGCUGUCAAUCUACAGAAUUUGUUGAAGAAAAGCAAAGAAAUCAUGAAAUUGACGCACAAAUCAAAAGAGACCGGGUCAACAUGAGAAAGGAAAUCAAAAUGCUACUGUUAGGUAUUUCAUACACCUUUAGACACAAGAUUGUUUAGUGAUCUUCAAUAGUAUAGCUAUCAGCUAAUUGCUGAUUUAUUUCUUUUUAGGCGCUGGUGAGUCGGGAAAGUCGACCAUAUUGAAACAGAUGAAAUUAAUACAUGAUGGUGGGUAUACACCCGAGGAAAGAGAAAGCUUCAAAGAAGUCAUUUUCAGCAAUACAAUGCAAUCGAUGAGAGUGACAUUAGAGGCAAUGGAUAGUCUUGGCAUUAUGUUUGAAAACAGCGAGAAUGAACAACACAAACGUCUUAUAAUGGAAGCACCACCUCAAAUUGAUUAUCUUGGCCAUGAACUUGUUGAAGCCAUCGCUUCGCUUUGGGAUGACGUAGGUGUUCAGGAAUGUGUCCAAAGAUCGAACGAAUUCCAAUUGAAUGAUUCAGCGCGAUAUUACUUUGAUUCAAUCCUCCGUAUCGGACAACCAAAUUACAUGCCUAGUGAUCAAGAUGUGCUACGAUCUCGUGUUAAAUCCACAGGCAUUACAGAAACUACCUUUGUCAUCGAUUCGUUGACUUAUCGUAUGUUCGAUGUCGGUGGUCAAAGAUCCGAACGAAAAAAGUGGAUCCACUGUUUUGAAAAUGUAACAGCACUCGUCUUCUUGGUGGCAAUCUCAGAAUAUGACCAAGUUCUGUUCGAAGAUGCCAGUGUCAACCGUCUGCAAGAAUCCUUAACAUUAUUCGACUCAAUUUGUAACUCAAGAUGGUUUAUAAAAACAUCUAUAAUUCUAUUUCUCAACAAAAUCGAUCUAUUCGCUGAAAAACUUCCACGCAGUCCGUUGGGUAAUUACUUUAGCGACUACAGAGGUGGUGACAACUACGAUGCCGCCUGUCAAUAUCUUUUACAGAAAUUUGUCUCAUUGAACACAAAGGCCGAUACGAAACAGAUUUAUACUCAUUUGACAUGUGCUACUGACACAAAGCAGAUCAAAUUUGUAAUGAAUGCUGUAAAUGAUAUUGUAGUUCAUGAAAAUUUGCGUAAUGUUGGUCUUUUGUAAAAAGAACAACUACACUUUUUAUCAUUCACCGCACACCCAUUGCUCAACAUAUCAUACUACUAACUAUUCCCUCACGCUCAAAAGAAUCUCUCUUUUAUGAAUAUCUGUAAAGCUUACUUUCAUACUGUUUUUCUAUUUCCGUUAUUUUCGUAUUAAUCCUCAUCUGAACAAUAUAACUUUUUAAAAAUUUUCCUUAUUUUGUACUUGUAAUACAGAAUCCACAUCAAAAAUAAAGUUAAAACUUGAUAAAAAAGAUCGUCUGC